UAUAUAUUAUAAUAUCAGUGUAUAGUUCAAGUAAGUGAGAGAGUCCAAAGCCUCGACUUGUUUGACGGGUUAAUUAAUUAUCAUCAAAAAAACAAGCGUAUAAUUAAACGCACAAGUAGGACCCUAAUCGUCGUGCGGCGCGCUAAUGAUCGAUCGGGCCUCGGCACCACCAACUCAUUGUACAAUUGACUCGCAUAGGUUCGCCGCCACUGGAUCAGCGAUUAGGCGGGAUGUCGCCGCCGAUUUUCAACUUGACGUACGCGUCCGGCUCGGCACAACUGAACGACACGACUUGCGAGCCCAUUCCCGUGAACUCGGACAGCGAGGACCUGCCGAUCGACAUGCGCUUCAACGAGGGCCACGUCGUCAGCAUAGUCUUUUACAGCAUCCUCAUGGUGAUAUCGGCGAUCGGCAACACCACCGUCCUGACCCUGCUGUUGCGCCGAAACAACAACAGGCCCCGCACGCGGAUCAACAAGAUGCUCAUACACCUUGCCAUUGCUGACCUACUCGUGACGUUUCUCAUGAUGCCCCUGGACAUAUUUUGGGCUUUUACAGUGCAGUGGAAGGCCGGUGACACGAUGUGCAGACUAAUGGCUUUCUUCCGAAUGUUUGGCCUCUAUUUGUCCUCUUUUAUUCUGGUCUGCAUCAGCGUUGACAGGUAUCACGCGGUACUGAGACCGCUCCAGAUGAUCGACAUUGAUCAAACUAGGGGAAGGUACAUGAUUUCCGGUGCUUGGGUACUAUCGACACUCUGUUCGGCUCCUCAGGCGUUAAUUUUUCAUGUGGAGAACCAUCCAAAGUACACAUGGUACACUCAAUGCAUCACAUUUAACUCGUUUCCGAGUUUUACUCACGAGCUCACUUACUCUUUAUUUGGUAUGGUGAUGAUGUACUGGGUUCCUCUGAUUGUCAUCAUUUACACUUACACCAGCAUUCUCGCAGAGAUGUACAGAAGGGCUCAGGACUCUAACUCUGAUAGGAUAAGGCGUUCGUCCCUAGGAUUUCUGGGACGAGCGAGGGCUAGGACAUUGAAAAUGACGGUUAUCAUCGUCGUGGUUUUCUUAAUUUGCUGGACACCGUAUUACGUCAUGAGCAUGUGGUACUGGAUUGAUCAAGAUUCCGCAAAGAAAGUCGACAUACGCAUACAAAAAGGACUGUUUCUUUUCGCCUGCACAAACUCGUGCGCGAAUCCCGUUGUCUACGGAGCCUUCAACAUUCGCAAGGGUAACAAGGUGACCAGAAAGUGGGACGUUCACACUCUAAAGUGAUCCAGACUUGGGGAAACGACUUUGUAUCCAAAUAAAUACUCAUCCCUUGAUUUUUUUUUUAUAUAUACUGUGGAUAUAUGAUAAACUAUACAUGAAUAUAAUUACAUACCUCGGACGAUAAUUUGUAAUUUUCAAGUAUUAGUUUAAGUCGGUGUACGAAAAAGUUCUCUCUUAAUAUUAUCACUUUCAUGACGGGUUGACAUUAAAACGAAAAACAGAGAAUCGAUUACCGUCUAGUGUAAAUACGUACUUAUAUGCAUAUUCUACAUUUAAAUGAAAACAAUGGUAAAAUCGUGAAUUGACCCUUCGAGCAAAAUAAGAGUUGUUCUAGUCUCGCGUGACCCGAGCGGCGGGCAUACAUUACAAUAAAAUUAUCAUUAUUAUCUAAGUGAAUAACGAUGGAGGCAAAAAUAGCAUCGAAACGUUGUCAUAUAAUUUAUUAUUUAUACAGUCACCAACGAAUGAUCGUUAUGCUUGUAUUAAC